UCCAAUUUCAUCUGAGGCACACAACAAGAUCAGCAUUCCUAUACAAACAGCUCAAAGAUGAAGACGCUCCAGAUCGUCAUUCUCGCCCCCGUGCUGCUCGUGAACGUGGCGACAGGAUUCUCUGUGAACAGGGGGGAGAAAUUCGCCUCAUGGGAUGAUGUCAACGUUGUGGGCCAUGGCCUGCUGCAGCUGGGUCAGGGCCUCAAAGAGCACGUCGACAAGACCAAAGCCCAAAUGAGAGAUGUCCACGGCCGCCUGAAAGCCUUCAACGACACAAUCGCCGCACUGGAGAGAAAGCAGCGCGAGCAAGAAGAAGCCCUGAAGGCCAGACGGGAGGAGGAGGAAAGGAUGGAUGGGGAAGUGGAAGGGGUCAUGAAGCAGUCCGAUGACAUCCACUCCCACAUGAACAUGCUCCAGGAGAAAGUGGAUGAAGUGCUCAAAGAGACACCUCACGUAAACUCCAGGGACAACUCAACAAUGUCAUUCAUCCAGAGAGUCAUGUCAGUGCAGAAUAGACGCAUUGACCAGCUGACAGACAAGAUCAGGCAGCAACAAGACAAACUUGACAAGCAGAGUUUAUACUUGCAGAUGCUGCAGAACAAGGUUGCACAGAAGGCAGUGAAAUUCCACAGUCGCAGGGAUGAGGAGACUACACUGAUGGGUGACGCGACGCCCAGUGAUGCCAAAACAGGUUUGGCUCAAGACUGCCAUGAUCUGUUUGUCAGAGGACAACGGGAAAGCGGCAUCUACACAAUCCAAGCACAGAACUCGCAGGCAUUCAACGUUUUCUGUGACAUGACCUCAGAAGGUGGAUGGACUGUCAUCCAGAAAAGACUUGAUGGGUCCCAAAACUUUAAUCAGCUUUGGGAGAGCUACAAAAAAGGCUUUGGCAAUCUGAAUGGUGAAUUUUGGUUGGGCUUGGAGAACAUUCACACCAUUUCCGAACAAGGCCAGUACCUGCUUCAGGUGGAAGUCACAGAUUUGGCAGGAGAAACUCAAUCGACUCGCUAUCGUGUCCAACUUGAUGAAGAGGAGAAAAAGUACGCUCUCCACCUCGAGCAGGACCCUCUGUCCGCUCUGAAAGGGGAGAGCUUUCUGACGGGAGCCUCGGGCCUUCCCUUCUCCACUGCCGACCGCGACAAUGAUCUCAACGUGGACGUCAACUGUUCUGAGCUUCACUCAGGAGGUUGGUGGUUCAGCAGCUGCGGCACCUCAAAUCUCAAUGGAAAAUUCCCCAAACGGUCGAGCCCGCUCAAGUGGCAACCCAGGAAGAUGUUUUGGACCGACACAAAAGGACACAAACACACUUUGAGGACAACACUUAUGAAGAUUGCCCCCAUUUCAAUAAACCAACAGUAGGCUUAGGAGAAAUGCAGCAGAGAACCAAAGCGAGCUGGAAAACAACUAAAGACUGAACCUAAAGAUGCACAUUUCUGAUUUGUUUAUUGCACUGAAUCAUUUCUCAUUUCUAUGCAAUGCUGUACGAUCCCUCUUUGUCAUAUUGACAGUUACAAGUAUUCCCUUUGUAAGGGCUUAAAAAAACAAUACAACUAUAUAAGCUAUUUUUUCUAUUCAAUAUUUUUGCUUCAUGUAUAUUUGUGAGGGUUGAAUGAAAAUAAAGCUUUUUUUCCUCUCUUAA